AUGGGCAACUACUGUAGCUCCGGUCAGACCAAGAAAGAUAAGGAUAAUGCAUCGGAAAAGUCUGAAGAAUCACCAUCGUAUCAGUUGGCCGAUAAGAACAAAAACAAAACCAACGAUGUGAAUCAGGCUCCACUGGCGGCUCCGGAAGUAAUUUCCGACGCCUCCGGAACUGGCCACGUAUCGAACAGCUCCAACGUAACCAAUGGGUGUGCAUCGUCCACCACGGCUGGAGCCACCUCCGGCGGGGACGGACCCCGGGCGCAACCGAAGGCACUCCAGAACGUCCAAUCGAUGACACUGUCCGAUUCAACCACCAACAGCCCAAUGGCCGUGUCGCCACCGUGUGAUAUACCGUUAGUAGUGCAUCAGAACUUGCCACAGAACCUGGCCCCACUGUACGGCAAACCGACCACCAACCGACGGACGGAUAAAUACAAAAAGAUCGUGUUUUACAUACUGGCCGCGGAUGAUGGGUUCCAAACGGAGAAAGCGUUGCUGCGGGAGGUGUUUAAGGCGUUGAAUCAGAAAUGCCAGAGCCGUGGCUUCGAGCUGCACGUGGCGGAUCUGCAUGUUCAGCAACCGAAGGGCAACAGCUUCGAUGUGAACAGGUGGUUUAACGGGCCGCUCGAAGCCCAGGGAGGGCACGAUUUGGCGGCCAACUGUUUGGCGGAAAUAGCACGCCAGUCGUGUGACUCCUACCUGAUACCGAUCCUGUUUCUGGCUGGCUCGCUCGGUGACCCGUUGCUACCGCUGACGAUCGAAAGCCAGGACUUUGUGGCCGCACGGCAGACGGCCGAACGGGAUCCCCGCGAACGGGCGCUGCUCGAGAAGUGGUACGUGCUGGACGACAAAUCGCAGCCCGCUUGCUACCGUUUGAACGCAAAGGCACAACCGGCAAUGAGUUCGGAGGAAUCGCAGCAGGAACUGUCCAUGCUUCUGCAAACACUGAUCGACAUCUUCUCGAAGGAGCUAUGCGAUUCGUAUCUCACUACGGUCGUUGAACAGGAAAUCAACAACACCGUUCUCAUCAGCCAGGAGCUUUCCAAGCGUUGCAUUUGGAUUCAGAGUGCCGUGCCCGCACCAAAGUCGGAAGGCCUUUCGUCCGUCGAAGCAGAGGCCUCUCGACGAUUGGUUAACAUUCAGAACGAUUUGAAGAAUCAACUCUCGGAGAAGCACAUAAUCCGUAUACCGGCCAACAUUAGUCAGCAGCAGGAUCAGUUUGCCGCGUUGCUCGACACCUGCCUAUCGCUAGAGAUCGAUCUAAUUAUCGAUGAGCACGUCAGCAAGUACUCGAUACCGCACUGUACUUUCGGUGUCGACCGUCGGUUACUGAGCGAGCUAGAGGAAGUGAACCGCCAUUCGCGGGUGCUAAACGAAAACUGCGCCAACUUCACCACGACUGACCGAGUGAAGGAGUACCUCACGUCGGCGCUCUCCGGCAAACCGUUGGUCGUGUACGGUAAGACGGGCGCAGGCAAGAGUGUGUUCAUGGCGAAGAUAUCGCAAAACCUGCACUGCUGGCUGCCCGAGUCGCACCUGGUGAUGAGGUACGCCAACUUGACCAUGCACAGCUCCGAUGUGGCCUCCCUACUCGGUUCGAUAACGGAACAAAUAUCAGUAUUAAUUAAAGGAACACCGACACGCUGCCAGCAUACCGUUGCUUCAUAUUCUGCGGCACUCCGGUCGCUGUUGGAGUGCUGCAAACAUCCGAUCACCAUUCUUAUCGAUUCGGUCGAUGCGCUGCGCGAUGUGGCCGAUCUGGAGUGGCUUCCGGUGCAGUUGUUGGAUUGUGUAAAGGUCGUACUGACGGUAAGCUCGACCGGCAGUCACGAUCUGGCGGAACUGCAGUCACGGGAAAAUCGAGUACUGCAACGGCUACGGCAACGCAUCGGAGACGACAGCUGUUUCGUUUACUUGACCCCGUUCACGCAGGAACAGUGGGAGGAUGUGCUGUGCUUCGGAGGGGGCGAUAUCUACGCGGCCAACGGUGCACUGCAGUUGCCGGAUUGCUGGAAGAAAUCGGAUGAGAAGAUUUCUAUCCAAGCCAAGAUCCUGUGGUGGCUCGGUUGGCUGGGUAAGACCAAUCUGUCUGACACGUCGGUCUCGCACAUCAGCGAGCAGGUGUUUGAGAUUUUGGAGGAAAAGUUUACGGCCGCCAUCAUCCGGCUGAUCAUCCCGUUGCUGCUCGCCUCCCGGGAGGGCUUGCUGGAGACGGAAAUCAUAACGCUCCUCAGGAGCUCUAACCUAGUCAAUGGUUCAACAACGAAACUAUGGACACACUUUUGCUGGAAGAUGGGACCAUUGUUUCUGCACAAUAAAAAUAUCAUCGUCGUCGACCGGACUCUGCGCGAGGUUGCGGAGAAGCGGUACGCGUCAGACAUUCAACGGGCACACCGGAUCCUGCACGAUUACUAUGAAACCCAGCCAAACGUAUUCGUAGAUAAGAAGGGCAAGGACAGAAGUUUUAAUCUAAGGAAAUUCGUAGAACUGCCCUACCACAAGUACAAGCUCGAUGACGCGGUAGCGACGACAACUAGCGAGCCCUUGUUUCACCAAUCUCCGUACCUGACUGACUUAGCCUGGCUGCAGGACAAACUGAUCGCUACCGGAUGUGUUCACAUUUUAAACGACAUUUGCCUGGCGGGACACGCCGCUGCGACCGAUGGCAGCCACGUGGCCGUACUACGGGCGUUCUUCGAGACCCACUUCAAAGCGCUGAACUAUGACGGACACCAGCUGUACUCGUUGAUGAGACCGUUUCUAGCGAAUGAAGUGCAGCGUAUCGGUUCGGAAGUGUUGAACAAGUGGCUCGACGUCAUUGCCAACAGUACGGUGCCGUAUCUGGAGAAGGUUGAGCUGGAUCAAGAAUGCCCAACCGGCGAGGUAUCGACGGAGAGCGUGCCUCCGGUUGGGUACGAUCUAAUCAUGAACCUAAACAUUGAUGGCUACUUCGUUAUUUCGCUCAGCACGGAACGGGAGGAGAUUUGUGUCUGGGACGUGCCGAAGUGCCGUAAGGUACGCACACUAACGGGUGUUCCGCAACCGUCGGCCAUUUGCCCCGUCGGAGAACACGGUGUGGCCGUCCUGUGUCGGCGGGAGAUUCGCAUCAUCGAUUUGAACCUGGGCCAGUUUCGGGUGACGUUAAAGGGGGUCAUGAACCAGAAGAUGCCGUACUUCGGCCUGCACGACCCAUCGCAUCUGGUGUGCUUGUCGCGCAACCGGAUGUACGUGAAUUUAAUGAACAUUGAGUCGGGCGAUUGCGUUACCACGUUCAAGGCGGGCGAAGAUCGCUUCCUCAACUCUCUACUGGUUUCCGGCGAUGGACGGAUUCUGGUGUGCGGUGAUGAAACGCAAAAACCUUUCCCGCUGCUCGUUUGGCAUCUGUCGCAGAAGAAAUUGCUGUAUGAUUUGCGUAUUCCGCAUCACGACUUCAUCACGUCACUGUCGGCGAUCACGCACGAAGGAUCGUACGUGUGCGUGGUGGCCAAGGAGCUGGCCGAGCCAAGUCCGAACUUUAUUGUGGUGUACGAUCUGCAAAGUGGCACGCUAUUCAAGAAAUGGAAACCGUCCUGUAACACGGUGUCAUUGGCCAUCUCGCAAACCAACACCUGUGUCAUUGCGGGCCUGGAAGAUGCCAGGAUACUCAUUUGGGAUUUGGUUACCGGAAACUGUCGGAGCACUCUGAUUGGCCACAGUGCACCAGUAACGCUGCUGAAGUUGGAUCCGACGGGCAAGAUAUUGCUGUCGAGCGACAAGGAAGGACGAGACCUUUCCAUACGCCUGUGGCAGUUGGAUAGUGGAAACCUGUUGGCAGUGUACACGCCCGAAGAACGCAUCACUACGUGCGAAAUUCUUAGUGCUGGCUCUUACCUGGCGCUGGCGCUGGAAAAUCAUCACAAUCUCAUCACCCUGAAGCUACGCUCUGCUGGUGAAACUGGUACGCUGCAGUCGUCCACCACCUACGCCAAUCCCGAGUACGAUGGUAAGCAAUUCGAUUUAAAGCAGUAAUUGCGGGCUCCCGAAGCGAAGGAACUUGUAAUGGCGCUCUCUCUCUUUCUGUCUCUCUCUGUCUCUGAGCUCAACACCAGGGGAAUGGUGUUGAUAUUGCUGUGAAGGGGUGAAUCUCAUCGUUAGCAAAAUGUAGUAGAAAAUUAAAUCAUACGAUAUAUUCGAUCCCGCCACAAAGUUUCGCCGGGGUGAGAUGAUCCUGUAAAUUUGUCCAUCAAAUUAAUAUGUUAGCCGCUGGGGAACGGUGC